AUGGAAGUGCCUACCUGGAGUACACUGCUGUGGGAAACAAUCUCUAGCACUGAAGACCUGAUUAGCCUACGAGCUAGGCAAAUCCUACAGAAAGACCAGGACGUCACAGAGGCAAUUCAUCGAUUUGAGAGGAUCCAAGAGCGGAAUAAAACCUACUUUGAUAGCACAAAGGUGAUCAGACUAUACCCCCUGGAGGUAGGAAACCUAGUCUUGGUGCAUAAUACUCAGAUGCAAGAUGAUGUGCGUGCACUUCAGAAGCUCCGUUUUCGGUGGCAUGGACCCUACCGAAUCAGAGAGGUAGUUGGAAAUGGGUCUUAUAGACUGGAAGAGCUUGACGGAACGCCCAUGAAGCACUGGUUUUCAGCGGGCGAAGGCCUUGGUCACAGCGCCGUCAACGGAGACUAG